UUGUUUAUGAAUUUUCUAUGCGCCAAACUUUCCCUCCGCAUUUCAUUUUCUGUCUUUCUCUGCCUCUCUAUCUCAUUCUAGUUUGCUGUUUCAUUUAUGUAUUGGAAAAGGAAUUGAAAUUGUUAAUAAUUCUACGGCAAGAAAUCCUCAUUUAUUUUAAUAUUUUGGUCUGUUCUGGUGAUGACAUUGACGGGAAAAUUGUGUUGUUUUUUAAUUCGGUGGUAAGAAAUCUUCAUGCAUUUGGACAAUUUGGCGUGUUUUGAAGAAGGGCAUUGACGGGGAAAAAAUUCGUGUUGAAUUUACAUCGGAGUUGGGUCACUUAUAAUUGAAUUUGAGAACCUGAAUCCGUGGCGGGUUUGUUUAAAGAGAAAUGUGAUCCUAUUCGUGGUGAUAGGAAGAAAGGGUUUUGAAUCCUAUAACGGUAGUAACAGCGCCAUCUGAUGGCGCUGUUCAGACGAUUGUUUUACCGGAAGCCACCUGAUCGGCUUCUCGAGAUAUCCGAACGUGUCUACGUAUUUGAUUGUUGCUUCACUGCGAAUGUUAUGGAAGAAGACAACUUCAAAGCGUAUAUGGAUAGCAUUGUGGCACAGCUACAGGACUACUUUCCAGAAGCUUCAUUCGUGGUGUUUAAUUUCAGAGAGGGGGAUGGGCAGAGCCGAAUUUCAGACAUUUUAAACAAGUACAACAUGACUAUUAUGGACUAUCCGCGGCGAUAUGAGGGGUGCCCGCUGCUGCCACUUGAAAUGAUUCAUAACUUCCUUCAAUCUUGUGAAAGCUGGUUAUCAUCGGGAGGGCAGCAGAAUGUGCUUUUGAUGAACUGUGAAAGAGGAGGAUGGCCGGUACUUGCUUUCAUGCUUUCCAGUCUUCUGUUAUAUCGAAAACAAUAUAGUGGUGAGCAGAAGACUCUUGAAAUGGUCUACAAGCAAGCUUCUAGGGACCUUCUCAAGCUUCUGUGCCCUUUGAACCCCCAGCCUUCUCAUUUGAGAUAUCUGCAUUAUAUUUCUAGAAGAAAUUCAAGUAUUGAUUGGCCUCCCGCAUAUACACCUAUAUUUUUGGAUUGCAUAAUUCUUAGAGCUCUUCCCCGUUUUGAAGGGGGAGAUGGGUGCAGGCCGGUUAUACAUGUCUAUGGAUCGGACCCCAAAACACCAGCCAGUACAAGUUCUAAGCUUCUGUUUUCAACUUCCAAGUCAAAAAAACAAGUUCGCUACUUCCAAAAGGAAGAGUGUGCAUUGGUGAAAAUCGAUGCUCAUUGUCAUAUUCAGGGAGAUGUUGUGCUUGAGUGCGUCCAUUUAAAUGAAGAUUUGGUACUUGAAGAGAUAAUAUUCAGAAUUAUGUUUCACACGGCGUUUGUUCGAGGAAAUAUUUUAAAAUUCAACCAUGAUGAAGUUGAUGUGUUGUGGGAUGCCAGGGAUCAAUUUCCAGAGGAAUUUUCAGCAGAGGUAAAGUUUAUGGACCCUGAUUCAGUUGUCCCACAUCUCACCAGAGUCACAACAAGGGAAAAUGGGAAUGAGAUUGAAAGUGGCUCACCAGAGGAAUUUUUUGAGGUGGAAGAGAUCUUCAGCAAUGCAGUUGAUGCACUGGACGGAAAGGUGGAUGAUGACAGUUUGAAAGUUCAUUACAACAAGUUAGAGCAGAAAGAUGUCCGGAGGGAGGGUGUAGAUCCUCAUAGAUUUCAAGAAUGUGCCAUAAAUGAUGGGAUCAAAAAACAGGAUGUCAAGGUUGAUUCUAGUAUAGAUGCAGUGAAGGACAUAGCUGUGGAUGAUGUGAAUUACAAAUUACAUAAGAAGAUGAAUUCUGACACUAAUGUUGUGAAGGACAUAGCAGUUGAUGAAGGAGACUUUAAGGUUGGUUCAGUGGAUUUUACUACCGGCCUGUUGAGGGAUAGAGAAACCAAUAAGGUGACAGAAGAUGUGCUUGGAAAGUUGGAAUACGUGGAAGAUAUAGUCAAUAGAGAAGACAUUGUUCCACUGAAGAAGCAAAGGUUGGAAACUGAUAUUUCCAAACCUAAACCUGAGAAGUUUUUGCCUGCUUCAAAGAAAUGGGGUGGGCUGUUCCCAAAACCAGCUUCAGAUUCUGCUCUGGUGAAACCAAAGAGCAAACAACUAGAACUUCAGGGCCAUCCUGCAAGACAAGCAAAGCCAAAUGCCAUAUCUCGAUGGAUCCCUCCUAACAAAGGCUCUUAUGCAAAUUCGAUGCAUGUAUCAUAUCCACCAUCAAGACAUAGUAGUGCACCACCUGCACUUUCCGGUACUACUGCUUUGAGGAAAUCGAAGUCUGGUUCCAAUCUAAAGGUUUCUACGGGAGCUAUGAUUUCAAAGGAUGUUUUAUUCAGGCAAAAAAGUCAGAAGGUUGACCGUGUAAAGGCUUCAGACUCUUCGAAAGAAAUAUCUACCACUCCAAUAAUUCCAACAUCGUUGCCUGGUCUACAACAAUCGGUGUAUAUUCCACCUAGCAAUCCACAACCAUCACCACCACCUGCUCCUCCUCUUCCUCCUCCUUCCCCAUCUCCACCAAGACCUUCUCUCUUGGUUUCACAAUCUUUGCAGGAAACUACAUCUAUACUACCUUCCCUACCUCCUGGAGAUGUUUCUAGAAUGCCUUUCGCAGCAUCACCUCCUUGCCUUCCACCUUGCACAACAACAAAUGUAAAUACUAUUGGGAUGGUUGCACAAUCUCCAGUGUCAGGUCCUCUGCUGCUUCCCUCUCCUCCAUUAUCUGUUUCUCAGACUACCACACUGCUUUUGCUUCCUCCACAACCUUCAUCAUCCCGGAAGUCUAGGUAUUCUUUAGCCUGUACUGCACUACAUUCUCCACCUCCAACCCCUCCUCAUCCAUCUUUUGUCAGAUCAUUGGGUACAUCACAGCCUAGUAAUGAACCUUCUUUUCAUCCACAACCCCCUCCCACCGCACCAAUUAAAUGUGCUAUAUCUCCAUCCACCAUGCAUGAAGUGCUAUCAGCACCUUCUCUACCCCUAGCCCCUCCAUUGUGUGAUUCUCCAUCUCCACUACCACCCUCCCUCCCACCACCAGUGCCCACUGGACAUGGACCUUUGCCACCCCCAUCCCUACCACCAUUGCCACCUUUUCAAUAUCAUUCUUUGGCUCCUAUACCUCUACCACCGCCAAUGCCUCUUCUUCAAGUAGCUUCUUCACCACCACCAUUGCCACCACCUUUUUUACAAGGAAUUGCGUAUGGACAUUCUCAACUACCCUUACCAAUGCCUAGUUGUCUAUCCCCUCUACUUGCACCACUCUCAUCGAUGUAUAGUCCCCUCCCUUCUUCACCUUUAUCACCCCUAUUAGUGUCUACCACUUCAUCUCUAUCAUCCCUAUCAAUUUCUACUUGCCCACUUCCUUUUGCAUCUCCACCACCUCCAUUGAUGUCUAGCGCCCAUUCUCUAACUCCCCCCUCAAUAUCUAGAGCUUCAUCUCUUCCUCCCCUACCACCCACAUCAAUGUCUAGCUCCCCACUUCCUCCUUCACCUCCAUCAUCCCCAUCAAUGUCUAGUGCCCCACCUCUUCCACAACCCUCAUCAAUAUAUAGCGCCCCAUUUCCUUCAUUUUCACCACCCUUUUCGACGAUUAGUGUCCCACCUUCAUCUCCACCACCCCCAUCAAUAUGUAGUGCCCCACUUCCUCCCCUACCUUCACCACUCUCUUCGACGACUAAUGCCUCACCUUCACCUCCACCACCCCCAUUAAUGUCUAAUACUACACCUCCUCCCAUUCCUCCACAUACAUCUCCAUCACCCCAAUUGGUGCCUAGUUCCCCACCUAUGUCCGGUGCCUCCCUUUCUCUUCCACCUUUACCCCCCUCUUCAACGAUUAGUGCCUCACCUCCUCCUCCUUCAUCUCCCAUACCCCCAUCGGUGUCUAGUGCCCCCUUUCCUCCUCCACCACCACCCUCUCCGACGACUACUGCCCCACCUCCAACUCCACCUCCAUCUGCACCACCCCCAUUGGUGUCUAGUGUCCCAUCCCCAUUACCCCCGUUAGUUUCUAGUGCUCCAUCUCCACCGCCACCUCCUCCGCCACCUCCUGGGAGCGGAGCGCCACCUCCUCCGCCACCUCCUGGAAGCACAGCGCCACCUCCACCGCCACCUCCUGGAAGCAGAGCGCCACCUCCACCGCCACCUCCUGGAGGUGGAGCUCCUGGCCCUCCAGCACCACCUGGAGCUCCUGGCGGCGGACCGCCACCUCCUCCUCCUAGCGCUAGAGGAAGAGGGCGUGGGCUAUCUCGUUCAGGAGCUAUGACAACUAGGAAAUCUUCCUUAAAGCCUUUACACUGGAGCAAAGUCUCAAGGGCAAUAAAAGGAAGCUUAUGGGAGGAAUUGCAAAGACAUGGAGAGCCUCAAAUUGCUCCAGAAUUUGAUGUAUCAGAACUUGAGAGACUUUUCACUGCUGUUGUUCCUAAACGUUCUCGUGGGGGUAAAGGGAAAGGCAACUCAGGUGGAUCAAAAACUGACAAAGUCCACUUGAUUGACUUGAGGAGGGCCAACAACACUGAAAUUAUGCUCACAAAAGUUAAAAUCCCACUUCCUGAAAUGAUGGCUGCAGUGCUAGCAAUGGAUGAUACAGUAUUAGAUGUUGAUCAAGUGGAAAAUCUCAUAAAAUUUUGUCCAACUAAAGAGGAAAUGGAACUUCUCAAGAACUACACUGGUGACAAGGAGACUCUAGGGAAGUGUGAACAGUACUUUUUGGAGCUGAUGAAAGUGCCACGAGUAGAGUCAAAAAUGAGAGUGUUUUCUUUCAAGAUACAGUUCCGAACUCAGAUAUCUGAAUUUAGAAGGAGCUUAGAAGCUGUAAACUCUGCAUGCGAUGAGGUACGCAAUUCGGAUAAAUUGAAGGAAAUCAUGAAGAAAAUUCUCUAUCUAGGAAACAUAUUGAACCAAGGAACUGCACGGGGUUCUGCUGUGGGGUUUAAGUUGGACAGUCUUCUAAAGCUCACAGAUACACGUGCUGCUUCCAGCAAGAUGACGCUAAUGCAUUAUCUUUGCAAGGUCCUAGCUGAAAAGAAUCCAACACUAUUAGAUGUUCACCUUGAUUUUGUUAGCCUUGAAGCUGCAGCUAAGAUACACUUAAAAGUUUUAGCAGAAGAAAUGCAAGCUAUAGUUAAGGGAUUAGAAAAGGUUAAGCAGGAGUUGGCUGCCUCAGAAAAUGAAGGUCCUGUUUCUGAUGUUUUUCGUAAGACAUUAAAAGAAUUCAUUUCUGGUUCUGAAGCGGAGGCGGCAUCUGUAACACAUCUAUACACCGAAGUGGGUAAAAAUGCAGAUUCACUUGCACUCUAUUUUGGUGAGGAUCCUACCCGAUGCCCAUUUGAGCAAGUUACAACAACACUCUUAAAUUUUGUGAGGUUGUUUCGAAAAGCACACGAGGAGAAUAUGAAGCAGGCCGAAGUGGAGCAGAAGAAAGUCGAGAAGGAGGCUGAAACGGAUAAGAACAAGGGAACGGAAGAAGCAGAAUAGUCAAGGAUUGAUUUCUCUAUUCCUACAAAGGUAAUAUUGCCCGUCUCUGGCAGCUGAUGUCUGUGCCGAAGAGCUCGACUCAAUGAUAGGAAAUGCUGGCCUUGUAGGGAUGUUCACUGAAGAUGCCUACCAUUCUCUGGUAUCGGUUCAAUUUUAAAGCCUUCAGAGAUGUUGCAAAUGAUGCAAGGGCAUUGUUCUGGAAGCUUGCUGGCCUCGAACUUUGUAUGAGGCUUCAGGAGACAGUUUUAUACGGUAAGUUGCUCAAUCCCAUUACCGUUGAAUGAUUGGUGAAACUUUCGGAGCAGAUGUCAGAUGGACCGAGCUUCGAAGCAGAGUGGUUAUGACCACAACCUAGCAGAGCCGAGGUUCUUAAAUGCAGCCUAUCAAGGUCACUGCUAUGGCACUUCUAGCAUUAACGUCAUUCUGAAAUCGGUGUUGCGGGCCAUCACUUGGCAAUGUUAGACGAAUUAUUUUCAGCUUCCGCCUUUCAUUUACCGUAUUUCCUUCAGCUCCGGAGCGGAUGUGGGACUGUAAACACUGGAAGAAGCCCUGCUGUA